UGAGAAUACGGCAACCGACCAAUUCUGCAGCCACACGGUCAUAAGACUAGAUUGCUGUUUCAAUCAAAAACUAACUCCGUUUUUGCUUUUUUCCAUCCCAUUGCGUUCCUCCCUCCCUCCGACAAGACCAUGGCUUUUUCACUCACUUUCGUUGACUUUGUCUUAGCAGCCAUUGGGCUUUACUGCAUCACUCGUUUGAUAUCAAGCAAGAAAUCAUCUUUACCUCUCCCUCCAGGCCCUAAAGGAUUACCAUUGAUUGGGAAUAUCUUGGACAUGCCGCAAGGACAAGAAUGGCUCACUUUCGCGAAAUGGGGCGAACAGUACGGCAAGAUAUCCUCCGUAACAGUAUUCGGCCAAACCAUCGUUAUCCUCAACUCUGCUGAAACCGCGGACGAAAUGCUCGACAAACACGGUUCCAUCUACUCCGAUCGACCCAUUAUCCCAAUGGGAGGAGAACUAGUGGGAUGGAAAAACACCCUCGUGUUGACGCCUUACGGCGACCGAUUCCGAAAUUACCGACGUCUCGCACACCAACUGUUUGGGAACACAAAUCUCAUGAAGGCUUUUCAUCCAAUCGAAGAGCUUGAGACUCAUAGGUUUGUUAAGCGGUUGUUAACACGCCCGGAUGACUUUGCCGAACACGUACGAAAAACUGCAGGAGCUAUUAUUCUUCGUAUAUCCCAUGGGUAUGAAGUACAAGAAGGCAAAGACCCGUUCGUUACACUCGCUGACGAAGCGACGGAGCAAUUCUCAAAGGCGACUUCUCCCGGUGGCUUCCUCGUCAAUCUUAUUCCCGCACUGGCGAAAGUCCCGGAAUGGAUGCCUGGAGGAGGGUUUCAUAAGACCGCAAGGGAGUGGGGGAAGACUUUACAGGAGAUGGUGGAUCAACCGUAUAAUCUUGUCAAGUCUCAAGUGGCCGCCGGAACUGCCCCUAUUUCAUAUGUUUCAUCUAAAUUGUAUGAUCAGAAACUUACCCCCGAAGAGGAAUUCGAAGUCAAAUGGUCUGGUGCUUCUUUAUACUCGGGUGGUGCUGACACAACCGUCGCAUCCAUACAUUCAUUCUUCAAAGCUAUGGUUCUUUUCCCAGAAGUGCAAGAAAAGGCAAGAGCCGAACUCGAUGCUGUCAUCGGAACCGAUAGGCUCCCUACUUUCGAGGAUAGACCUAACCUGCCAUAUCUCAACGCUGUCGCGUCAGAGGCAUUAAGAUGGCAUUCAGUUACACCGACAGCUGUUCCUCAUCGCGCUGCCGAAGAUAACGUGUUUGAGGGCUAUUUCAUUCCGAAAGGCACACUUAUAAUGGCUAAUGUCUGGCAAAUGGCACACGAUCCGAAUGAAUACAAGGACCCACAUUCGUUCAAACCCGAACGGUUCAUCGCUACGCCUGAUCACACGCCUGAAAAAGAUCCAAAGGAUAUUGUGUUUGGGUUUGGUCGAAGGAUAUGUCCCGGCCGGGUAUUGGCUGAUGCGUCGGUGUUUAUCUCCUGUGCGAUGAUUUUGGCGUGCUUUGAGAUAAAGAAACACCCUCAAGAUGUGGAGCUUCCUGGGACUGGGCAGACGACGGGUACUAUUAGUCAUCCAUCGUCUUUCAGAUGUAGCAUUGUUCCGAGGUCGGAAAAAGCCGUUUCGUUAAUCCAAGCGGAUGAACAUCAUUAAAAAACGUGGGACGGGAGAGUGAAGGUUUUUUAUAGUUCAUUGAUUCAAUUCCUUUUAUUUUUUUUUGCUUUUCACUCAAAGUUUUCUCUUACUCUACCAAUCUACCAUCGCAAUCGACGUCCGAUUAUCUAUAUCUAGUGAUGCAUAUCUGGGGUGUUGCCCCGAAUUUUAUUAUUUUAUUUACAUUUACAUACAUAAAAAAAGAUAUUUUUUUUUAAUGCGAUAUGCAACCUGCUAUUUAAGCUUU